AAAUUAAAGCAAAGAGCCUAAAUAAGAAGACAAACGAACGCGUGAAUUCCCCGGAGGCCGACGAGUUCGCCCCCAUCUACUCGUCGAUCAACUUCCGUCACCGUUCAUAGCUGCCGGAAUCCUAGUAUGAUCGACCUGGUUGAGGUGCCUAGUGAAGGAGAAUUUGCAACGGAAAGAAGAUGGAUCAAGGUAUUAGUGAACCUGAACGGAGUAGAAAAAAGAAGAAAAAGCCACUCCUCAUCCUACUUGCUCUAGGGUGCACUUCAGCUGACUUUAUAAAAAGCACAGUGCUACAACACAUCCUCAAUCUUUAGGCCUCUGAAAGCUGCCACAGAGAUGGAAGCUGAUGGGUCCUUAGGAGAAGGUAAAGUGCACUACUCGUGCCUGCAAAGUGUGGGAUAAGUACCCGAGGAGAGGGUCCUUUGAAAACAACAUCUCUACCUUUACGAGAUAGUGAUAAGGAGUGAACCAUUCGAAGUAGAAGAAGAAGAAAUGGCGAGAUUUUCAGUUGGAAGAGAUGAACAUGAUAAUGAUGAAGGAGGACCCUGUAACUCCAGCACAUCCGUACGCAAGAGACGGAGGACUACCGCCGGAACUUUAUCUCGCGGCGUCGUAAUCCGUCAACAAGAAGAAGUAGAAGAAAGAGAAAGGGAAAGGGUUGUUAAGGAAGAAGUAGAGGAAGAGGCAGAGGAGGAGGAUUGGGGAUCGGAAUCUGAGGGAAAUUUCCGAUCGAGCGGUGAUCGGAGGGUGCCAGUUUGUGAAUCCGAGGUUUUAAGAGAGAACAGGUCUAUUUCUGGUGAGAGCGUGUAUCAGAAUUUUGAGGAUUCAAUCAUAAACAGGUCAAUUUCUGUGACGUUAUUGGAUCCGGAUGUGUUGGAUUGCCCGAUCUGCUUUGAACAUCUCUGUGUUCCUGUCUUUCAGUGUGAGAAUGGGCACAUAGCAUGUGCCCCUUGCUGCAUCAAGAUUGCUAAUAAGUGUCCAUCAUGCUGUUUGCCAAUUGGAUAUAACCGUUCUCGAGCUAUGGAGAAUGUUCUAGAAUCUCUGAAAGUGUCAUGCGUGAACAAUAGGUAUGGUUGUAAGGAGAUUCUGAAUCUUAGUAAGAAAACUGCCCAUGAAAAUGCAUGCAUCUAUGUGCCUUGUUUUUGUCCUUCCCAUGGCUGUGACUUUAUAGGUACUUCAGCAAAGGUAUAUGCACAUUUUAGCGAGAAACAUGCUUCUUCAGCAGAGCACAUUUCUUUCGAUGUUGUCCAUCCAAUUUAUAUAGAAAAAGACCAAAGGUACAUAAUUCUUCAAAUGAGGACAGAAGGUUUACUUUUUAUCGUCAACCAUGCUAGUGACCGUGUUGGGAGUGCUAUCAACAUCAUCUGUGUUGGACAAGCUAGGCAGAAGAGAAGGUUCUCAUACAAGCUUGUAGUAACAGAUGGGGAAAGUUCUUUUAAACUAGAAUCUGUUGCAGAGAGUGUGCCAAACUGGUCAGAAGAUAGUCCUGUGAAGAAAUUCCUUGUGGUCCCAAAAGAUGUCGUUAAUUCCAAUGCUCGGCUAAAGUUGGAUGUUCUCAUAGAAGAGAGGGAAUGAGUCUGCAAUGGUUGCACAUGUUGAUGUAACAUUGCCUUGAUAACUUCUUUAGAGAUUUCAUGGCAAUAGACAAUAGUCAUUGGAAUGGUGCUUGCUUUAUUUGGGGAUCCGAAUUUACUUUGUUCCUUAUUUUAAAAGGAUUUUUCAUAUUAUGUUUGAUAUUGGUGCUGCUAUAUUUGGGGAUUUUUAAUUUGCUGUUGAAUUUACUUUGUUCCUUAUUUUAAAAUGAUUUUUCAUAUUAUGUUUGAUAUUGGUGUUGCUAUAUUUGGGAAUUUUGAAUUUGUGCUGUUGA